CGGGGACAACGUCGAGAUCAAACGAACCUCCGAAAGCCAGGAACAAGAUCAAAGGCAGUAACCUACAAGAACAGAGACGAUCUUCAUCCUCCCCUCGCCAGAAACACCGCCAACAGAAGCGACAACAGCAACAACGGCAGCUGGCGGCGGAAGAAAUACUCUUGCAAUUGCUGAAAGCUUGCGAGAARCACCACGUCAAUUGYCACCCGGACUACCAUCCYCGAAAUGAMAUGGACGAUUCUGAUGAAAAUGAUCUGCCCUCCUCGUGUAAAAGCGCCAUUACGAAUCUUCGGGUGCUAAUUCCAAAACUCGAGUGUACCAUCGCUCCAUCGGACGGGGAUGGAAAAUCUACCAAAAGUAAGACCCUUACGAACGACAUUCUGCAGUUGUGCCGCUUUUAUGACAACGUGAUCCGUGGAAAUUUCUGUCCCCAUAUGCCCCAUCUUUUGGGAUGUGGAAAAGAUCCGCAACUGAUACUCGACAAGAUUCUCUAUUUACUGCGCAAUUCAUUGAACGUCGACCUCGGCAACAAUCGCGAUUUCACGAAAGAGGAAGGUUCCUCAAGCACUGUUCCGAAGGACAGAGUUUCCGCUGUCGCCGAYACCUUUCUCGAUGUCGUAAGCCAGACCAUCUCGGGGUUGAUGGCCUUUGCGGUCGACGAUACUACGGACCACAUACGACGAAAUCUCUUUGUGGACUGGAUCGACUUUGCUGAGGAUUUGGCGGUACUAUCGGGGUUGGAGUCGCAGGCGCACCAGCGGGACCAGAUAACCGCCAAAGCAAACGAUUGGUUGCCGGUAGAGCUAGUWCUUUUCGAAGAAUCUUCUUCGGUAAUCAAACAUCGUUCGCGGCGGACACAAGAACAAGCAGGACGAAACGACAGGGGUGGUGGUGACGCCGACGGAAACAACCACCGCGAAUUCUAUUCUCUGAAGUUGCAUCGAUGGGAUCAGGUACGGACAUUGCAUACGAUAGUCCUCAAUGUUUUGAAUUUGUUGACUUCCAAUGGGUCUGCCUUGGAACGACUCCAAGCAUCACCGGGACAACAAGAAGGCGAAGACGCACCAUCUAUGCUGUUGGGAGGUGAUAUGGACUUGUUUUUCCCAUCGGACAUUGUAACGGAUAUUGAGCUGGURUCUUYGCUGUUAGCGAGUAUGAAACCGGUGCUAUUGGUUUCACCUGAUCCUAUUGCGCGAUCCGAAAACUCUCCUUUAUCUUUUGAAGCCACCGGAGUCUCUGCAAAAGCGGUGGAUAUACUGAUUCGAUUGUGUCUCGACUGGCAUCGUUUGGGAACAGCAACGGCUUCGAUUCCCUUGUUGCCCUGUAUGAUCGAUGCAGCUGUUUUGACCACCAGAACCAUUUUGUGUGAGCUAUUCAACUCCCGAAACAUUCGGGCGGACAUCCCCGAUAUGAACGCUAUAUAUACUAACGAAAAACGACUAGCCUUUCUAUUGGAUCGGGCCGUGUGUUGUCCGCCCGGACUCGACRACAAUCACGGAAAUUAUACCGACGACAAGAAUGGUGUUUCGCGAACGAUCCAUUCUACUGUUUGGACAACCUUGCUGGACUGUAUCGAAGGAAUAGUUGGUCGCCUUCAUCGCCGCCGACAGAGAAACAUCGAAGAAUAUCAACAAUCUUCUGCUUCCAAGAGUGAUAGGGAUUCUGCCCAGUCUUCAGCGUCAUCAGUCAUAUUGGAUGUCGCUGUCCUUGAGACGAUUCAUUACAUUGCAGCAACAACACCUACUCUAGCGCUCKCUGGGUCAAAUUAUUGCAYRGCGCAAGGCAUAUUUUCACAUUUAUUUUUUCUCGYGUCCACUACCUCUUUGGCUGUGCACAACAAUGAUUGCAGUUGGAACGAUGACAAAUUGUUACUACAAGCGGCGAAUCAAUCUCUUGGUGUAUUCUUGUGUGCGUCAUUGAGAAAGGAUGGACACAGCGCGGGUCUUUUGGACCAUGCCUGUCAAGGAGCACUGAAGCGACAUGYGCAGAAUACAAAACAAGCGGUUCUUCAACGURCAGAAAAUGUAAGCAAUCCGGGCAGCAUGACUGGAAAUGGUAGCAAUAUCGAUGUGCAGAUUGGYAGCGAAGUAAGUGGUGUGGAAUCCAACCGCCGCGGCUCAAAACGAAAACGUGAACCAUURCCUCAGGAGGCAUCAGAAAUAUCCGAUAAUGCUAAUCGCAGUGCCCCAUGUCCUAUGCAACAAAGGAGUACGAUCGUAUACCCAACAMUUUGGUACGAAGCGCUAGGUUCAUUAUUUGACCAGGCAUUAGCCGCCGGAGAGAGUCUCAAGAAGUCAUACGCGACAGCUACUACAGAGUGUCAAGAUUUCGAGAUAGGAGAGAUGAUUGAGGAAAUUCGCUGUUUAUCAGGAAGUCUUCAACUCUCAUUGUCUUUGAUCCAAAAAGUGGUCAUGACGGCUUGCGAUGUGGAUCAGUCGGGAUCAAUUUCCGGAAUAUCGCACAUAGUACAUGAAUUGUCCAAACAGUUACUAUGCGCUUGCAGCCUACUCCUAGGUGAACUCACGACACAACACAAUUUGAUGAUUCCUUCAAACUUCACMAUGGUGGAUGCAGUURUAGGAUGUGGACUCUCGAUGCAUUUCUCGAAAUUGAAGACCCAGGAGGUGCACGAGUCGCUCCUGGAAUUUUCUGAAUACUUUCUCGACUAUGUUUCUUCAUUUAGUGGAAGAAUUCUUGAGCUUGAACCGCAACAACAAGGUGGUCUGGACUCUUGGAACAAGUGCAUAGGUAUUCCCACUUACUUUACAGGAAAUAAGUGUCGAGAUCAUUGCAAGCAGCGAUGGUGUAUAUCUUCUACAGUUGACUCAUUGAAAUCCGAUAAACACCGCAAUGAAUGGAUGUUCGAUAGAGCUAUCAUGACCCUUCAUUCGCUUCCUCUUUACGUUCGAGCUGCAUUGGUUUCCUCAUUACAUCCUGUUGAACAGAAUUUUUUUUCAGCAACGGAGAAAAAUGAUUUCGAGUCUAUUUUUGGUUGUUACUCACUCGACUUAUUUUCUGAUCUAUUCAACCGAUACGCUGAUGACCAAAAGGGAAAAUCAGUAGACCAURAUUCAUCCAGAUUUAUUGCUUCAUUGUUACACUUACUACCACUCAUGGUCUUAUCUAGACACAUUAAAAAGAAAGAGAGGGCAAUUUCGAGGGGGAAUAGAGGCGAACAAAAGAACCAUUUUAAGAAGACAGCAGAAGMCUCUUUCAACAAACCGAUAUUGCUCAUCCUUAAAAAUGGGAUAGGUCCUCUCCUUGCGUCUCUGAAACCGAAUGAUUCUUUUUUAUUUCAGAGUCUCGUGUCCACACUAUAUCACAUCGAUGUAUUCAAUAUAGAUGCAGAUGUUGAACUUCCCAUAUUUGAGCCAACUGGUAUUCUCGAAUUUAUUGUGACGAGGUAUGAACAUCUUCAAUGUACAAAGAGCAAGAAAGAUGAAGUAUCUUCCACUCUGCGUGGAAUGAUGUUCGAUCUUGCAGAUAAAGGUGUGAGAAACGACGAGGAUCCCAAAUCUCGAUACCUUUUGUGGAUAUGUGCUGCUCGAUAUUGUAUUARCGCAUCGCCAUCUGAAAUUCGACAAAAAAUAACACUGAAAUGGUCACAGAACGCGUCCAGUGAUCGAGAUGAUCAAACAUCGAAAGAUAAUUCAAUUUUAUCAUGGCUUGUUGCCACUCCCUUUUCCGAUCCAAAUAACUCUUUACGGAAAUUUGCAACUCGARAGCUUUCRUCUAUACUUAUGUCGAAAGAGUUCAGCUUUCUGUUAGCCCGAUUUUCUUCAAGCGAAGAUUUCCAAGACUACUGCACGUAUUCUUCCAAAGUAAGGGAAUUUAGGAGUGAGAAAAAUAUGUGCAGCUUGAUUCGGAUCUCUGAUGAAAUUGUCGACGGUCUAUUUCAUGAAAUCGAUAGGGUACUGAGUGAAGGUUGUGGAUUUUCGGAAACACAACUAUCAUUGUCCCUGGGAUGUGUUAAGAGCGGAAAACAGCAUCCCAAAAGUUACCGACGUGAGAAUCAAUUAGCUAUAAGGCGGACAGCAGCCAAAGCGAUGGCAUCGCUAUGCUUUCACGCAAAUUUGAGCCAUCCAAUCGGAAAGACGUUAUUCGAAAAGAGCACACUGAGAUUGAUUCGUAUGUGGGCUUCUGCGUCAACCGAAAAGAAAGAGAGUUCUUUUCCRAUACUGUAUAGCACGUCAACCAGUAGAGCCUUGGCUUUUGGGGGACUUUCUUGCUUGUCUGAAUCGCGUAAGUUGUCACUUUGCCUUUCAGGAGAAGUAUCAUGGACAUAYUUUCCUUCUGCUAUCUUCUGUGAURUUCUCAUUCUCAACAAUASUAAGAGUCGCGAAGAACAAUACAAACUACUAGAGAUACUAGUGAAUUCCUUUUURACGCACACCGGAGAUUCUUUGCAGAAAAAAACAUCWGCAUUUCAAGCGCGCAAAAUUGUUGACGAGUCAAUUCCAUCAACAAUAGCUCAGCUAGUGAACGACAAAGACGAAGAAACCAUACACAUGGUGAUUGCCUUUCGCCUCUUUAUGACGGAAAGAUGUGAAUCUUUCAAAGCGAUGAAUCAUUAUGAAGUCGAUGAAAUCGGUGUCCCAGAGCCAGCAAUGUCGAAGAAGAAAUCUCUAUCUAUUUCGAUGGGUAACAGCCAACUUCAGAGUAUGACGAAAGACUUAUGCCUGAAAAAAAUUGACAAAAUACUUCCACUCGUUCUUUAUUACUCUGAUCAAGAAGAAKCUUUGCCGUUGAAAUAUUUCAUGAGACUAACGGCACCAGUAACUCUGCCAGAYAUGAUGGCCGGUCGAGAGCAGACUAUUUUGAAGGGACUCGCAUGGGAGUUAGGACGUGAUCCACACAGAGUAGAUUCCGCUGUGCGUGCUCUGAGAACUGCCGCAGCAGCUCGUGUAAGAGACAAAGCAAACAGAGCACCAGGUGCCACACCAGAUCUGACUGCAGCCCAUCUAUGGGUAACAAAGAAUUUUAUGUAUCUUGUCGUCAACAUGGUUCAAUUACACUGGGGAUCACGCAAGUUGGGUCAUCAGGUACAAGCUUUGCGAUGCCUCAACAUACUAUUAGACUUCUUGGAUCCUUUGGAAGCGGCUCAAUACUUUCCGCAGGUACUGGCAACAGUAAAUGUUGCAAUCGCUGUGGACAAAGUAAGGGAUUUGCAUCAACCUGAUAGGGCAUCUCUGACGUUGCAUGCUGUUCAAUGCCUUUCAAAGUUUAUUCGGCUGUCGGCAGAAAAUAGUAUAGAAGCAGUAAUCGACAAUCUUACUACGAUURUAGUGUCGUUGCUUCCGAUUCUCGAGGACGAUGGAAUUGACCUUGACGGAUCAAUAUUGCAAGAGGCCAAAGCCGAAGCGGUGUCAAUGCUUGAAUUUCUUACCCGUUCAAAGUUUGUCCGCAAGUUUUCCAAAGCAUUUUCGCAGAUUCCUUUCCUCCCAUCAUCUGCUGCAUUGRUAAAUGUCCACAAAUCUUUACGAGAUAACGGCAUUAAUUUUGACAAUCUGUUGAUCCUGUCUACCAGUACGUCGGAGUCUCAAGGUGGUAUGAAUACCAGAAGAGAAAGUUUGACCAGCGAUAACACCAGCAACGCAUCUUUCUCAAGCAACGGAGACAACGUGUUAGCUUUGCAAAAUCGGCUUAGUCUGAUUUCUUCUCUUCUAGAUAACGAAAAUGCCAGUGUGAGAAAGGUCUCACUACAGCAUCUAGUGGAUUUAUUGCGCACCAACAGGAACUUGUUUCAUAUUCUUGUUGAGAGCGAUGGAGGUUCAUCAAUUAGAAAUUAUCUCACGGUAAUAUACGAUCGAAAUCAAAAUGAUAUCGGCAAUGAACAGGCAAAGCAUACAACGAMUGUAACAAGCGUGUCGAUUUCUUUCAUUAUAGAAAAGUUGAUGAAUAGAUGCGUGAUCGAAACGAAUUCACGAGUCCGUCUUCAGUUAGCGACAUGUCUUGGAGAAAUCGGGGCCAUCGGAGAGAAUAGGCUUGAUGAUAUGUCUCUUUUCAGAUCCAAAGGGAGCGAGUCAGAGUCAAUGUAUGAGUGGAGAUUAAAGCAACMUCCAUGGCAGUCUCGUGCUGCAAAGUAUGAGCUGCAAUUGGUAACGAAGUGCCUUGUUGCUGCACUCAAAGCAGCUCCGUCACAGGAAGAACAAUUGAAAAUUGCCUUCACAAUACAGCAACUACUGAAUUUACUUGAUGAGUCAGCCAGAGCAUGUGACAACAAAGAUUCGACGAAUGAGAAAUUGGAUUGUCAAAAGCGUGAAAUGAGUAAAUGGCUUAUGGAUAGAUUGGUUGAGGCCAACGUUUAUGAUUCAGUUGAACCCUAUUGGUUAUCAGAAUUUAGCACCAAGGUAAGAUUAGCAAACCUUAAUCGAAAAAAAUUCGAAGAGGCAUUUUCUCAUUAAAGCAUCAUGGUUUCCUUACUUUGAAUACGUCGACAGGAUGAAAGAUUUACUAUAAGAAGACAACCUCCUUUCUUCAAAGUAGAUAAAUCGUACCACCUUUGGAUUUCAGAGUUCUGCCGAUGGAUGAUUAAGAAAGCGAAGGAUUGCCCACUAAGUAGAUGGAAAGACUUUUUUUUCGCUUGUCGAAUAGCAAUUAGGUCGUCGACUGGUUUGGAAACUGCUGAAUUUAUCCUUCCCCUUAUUGUCUUGGACCGCAUUUGUUUUGGAUCUGCCGAAGAGUUCGAAUUAAUUUGCCAGGAAUUUAUUGGAAUCUUGGAUAUUGGAUCGACUUCGACUGCAAUGAGCAACAAUGAGCGCCGGAAGGCAAUCAGUGGUUUCUUUGCAAUGAUUGACACACUAUCCUUCUGGGCUGAAACUGAAACUGAGCGCCGCUAUAGGUCAAAGCGUACUUCUCAUUCAAAAAGAUCAUGUAAGGAUGGUACAAGGCAGACUUCGCACGACAAUUCUUCGUCGAAUUGGCCUGCGGACGAMACGAUAACACAAAUUGAAGAGCUUGUUUCUAGAAUUCCUUUGAUUGAUCAAGCAAGGGCUGCUCAAGAAGUUGGAAUGCACGCAAARGGCUUACGACUUCUUGAGAUGGUUGCCCGAAAAAGUGUUGUCGAACCUUUUUUCGAAUCAUCAAGUGAUAAUAACGAUAGUGAAGUUCCUGUGAGCGGUAAUAUUUUACAGCACUCUUUGUUGGAAAAUGCUGAUCUCGGAUUGAUGAAGGUGAUGCUAUCAAACAUGGAUGAUUGCGAGACCAUGAAUGUAAUUGGRGAGACAUCAUAUCUUGCAAAUCCAUUACUGAAGRUUGCUGAUUCUGUUCAAUGGAAAGAAGCCAAUGGAAACUUUGAAGGCGCUCUUCGCGAUUACGAGCGUGCCCUCCAGGUUAGCUCAGUCGCCAAUUUAGGCGCAGAACCAGGUAUCGAAAGGGKAGCACUCGACUGCAUGCUAAAACUAGGCCGUUAUGAGAGUGUAUUGAAUCGCGUUUUGACAGAAGGCAGAAAUGCUGAUAAAAUGGAAACGCAGUCAUUCGCGAUACAAGCUGCAUGCCACCUUGGUCAAUGGGAUAAACUUUCAAGUUUAGUUCAACAAAAUGAGGCUAGCAAAAUCAAUUCACUGCCUGAUGACAUGUAUCGCAAAGCAACUGGUAAAGCAAUCCUUUGUCUACGGGACCGUGAUGGGAUAUCGAUUGCUGACUCAUUUCGCAGUGCUAGAUCCGCUGUAAUGGAGAAGUUGUCCAGCGUUGCUCGCGAGAGUUAUUCAAAAGCGUACACAGAAAUAGUGAGACUGCAGUGCGUUAGAGAGUUAGAGGACGCAGCAAGAUUGCUUUGUACCGAUGGUGCUAAAGACAUGUUUACAUUGAGUGAAGCAGCAGAAUCUAAGCUUCACGAAGGAUGGGCAUGGGAUGGUCGUUUGAAGUUAACAACACCACGUGCAGCCUCAGAAAUUAUGAACGCGAGAGUAGCAAUAGCAAGAAUUGGUAAUGAUAGAAUUAUGGAAGGAUCACUUCUUCUUGAUAUUGGAAAACAUGCGCAUAAGAACGGCAUGGCAACGGUUGCCGAAAAUUUCUAUUCGCAAGCUGCAGUUACACUCUCAUUAAUUCGUGAAGUUCAGAACGCUAAUCACCAGAAAGUUGGCAAUCUAAUGGAUGAUGUACGGGUGCAAUAUGCAAAAUUGAAAAUGGAAUCAGGUGAGAAUCUCCUUGCGCUAAAGAUCCUUGGGCAGGAAAUGCUUCAGGAUGCUCUCAGUGAAAUGAGUCAGAAUAGUAAAGAUAUUGAGUUUUUGAAGAAAGUCGCUGUCAAAUAUGAACGAUUAAGGGCGGAAAAGAUCUUCGGAGGACGUUUAUCCGUUGGUGACGAAAAAGGAUUGAUUUCACGUUUUUCAAAUCGAUUGCUUCGACUCACGCAAUGGACYGUCGAGGGGGGGAUGCAGAGUGGAAAUGAAAUCAUUUUUAGGUUUGAGACUGUUAUAACGCUUUCGCCGGACUGGGAGAAGGGUAAGUUGAAAACAUCAUAUUAACUUCGAUGCCGCAACAUGUUUUUUAAUCUUUAAUUUUCUUUGCCUCAAUCGAUGUUUUUGAAGGACAUUUUCAAUUCGCCAGAUACCUGAACGAACUGGUCACAAGAUUUUUUGAGAAAGAUUCACCUCAUGGCAUUGGCGAUGAUGUUAUGCGUUUCAAUGCUCUCUACCGAAAUAAAGUCUGUCAUCRUUACRUUCUACUCGCUAUUGAGCAUUAUGCCCAAAAUUUACAACUUGAUUUGAAGCACGUCUACCAGACUUUACCRCGCUUGCUUUCUCUAUGGUUCGACUUUGUUUCUGUCCAGCCUCCGGAAUCUGAUCCGAAUGGCACUCAUGGCGCUUUCAAACCUGAAUACAUGAGUAAGUUCAGUUUUGUUUUGCUGGGAAGUUGUAUAUAUAGCARGUAUCAUGAGUCCAUACCUUACUUAGUUGAACAUUUCUCUGGACCAGAAUUCCUUAYUGAGAACCAAAAUAGAGCAAAUGUAUUGAUGGCCGAGAACACAAAAGCGAUCCCAGCUGCAGCAUACUAUACCGCUAUUCCCCAGCUCAUAUCACGUGUAAUUCACAAUAAUGAGGAUACCGCGAAGGUUGUGAAGAGAAUCUUAGAAAGGGUGCUUGCUAAGUUCCCCCACCAAGCAAUGUGGCAUCUUGCUUGGUUGMGAGGUUCCAAAAACCAGGAGCGCUCGAAGAUUGGGGGUGACAUUUUCAAAGGGGCACAAAGGGUAUUGAUUAAAAAUCGCCAAACUCAAGUUGCCAAUCUUUUGAAAGCAUCAGAUUCUCUAUUCAAAUUUCUACAAGAUCUCGCCAAGUAAGUGAAACGAGAACAAUUUCCUGAGAUGUUUCAUUUGAUUUUGAUCUUUUCCUCCUUAAUUUUCAUAUAUUAUUAAUUUCGUUCAAUUUUCGUCAAGAUUCACUCCUAAAACUAAAUCAAGCUCAGUGUCAGUCAAAAGUUGGAAAGGAAUCGCAGAUCUCAGUGAAUUCAUUCCUCCUGUACAGGCUGCUAUGUCAAUUACUCCAUUCAAGUUAGUCAAGAGUAGCACAAGAGAAUAUUUUCCUCGUGUGAUCCCAAGAAUGAGAGCAUUUUCGUCCAAAGUGUCUGUGAUGCAGUCGAAGGCGAGACCCAAAAAGCUGAAAGCAUUUGCUGUACCUGGAACUUGGAAGCACGCGAAUGUAAAUGGCAGUAAAGAUGGUGCUGGAAGAGCUUCUGCGUCAACUCCAYUCGACUGUGACAUUGGAGAAAUUCAUUUUCUCGUCAAGCAAGAGGCAAAGGGUGACCUUCGUAAAGAUGCCCGAGUACAAGAUUUGAACAAUGUGAUCAAUAGACUAAUGUCUUCAUCAAAAAACUCCAGCAGUACUCUUGCGAGCCGCAGCCGACGCUUGCGUGUUCGUACAUUUGCUGUGACCUGCCUUUCCGAGGAUACAGGGAUACUCGAAUGGGUUCCGGAUACAGACUCUCUCAGAAAUCUUGUUCACAGGUCAUAUAACUCGCAAACAUCUUCUUUUUGUCCACGGAGGAGGGGAUCCAGAAUGACCAGUUUUGCAGACGCCACAAUGCGAUCUCAAUUCGAGCGGGCUCAAAAUCAAUUUUUGAAAAACGGGGAUAUAGCCCAAGCGGCGAAAUUGUACUAUUUGCUAUGCCUCAAGCAACACCCUCCUGUUCUUUCAUGGUGGUUUGUUCAAAAAUUUCCUUCGGCAACUGACUGGUACGAGGCAAGGACGAAAUUCACACUCACUGCUGCAGCAUGGUCUGCAAUCGGUCAUGUGAUUGGUCUUGGUGAUCGCCACUCAGAAAAUAUAUUGGUGGAAACCGCAACCGGAAGAGUAGUUCAUGUUGACUUCGAUUGGUAAGUUAUGAGUAUUCCGUACAUCAUCUUGUACUCAAUGUUCUCCAACUAUACUAAAACGGAUCGCUUUACUUCUAUACUUGUAUCAAAACUCUGAAACAUACCAUCGCAACCCUUCGGUUUCAUUAUGUGCACGACUAUCUGAACUCGAUUGAUAAUUCAGUAUAUUUGAUAAAGGGUUGAACUUGCCUCGUCCGGAAGUUGUGCCCUUCCGUCUCACACCGAAUAUGCUGGAUGCCUUUGGCCCUACAGGGGCCGAUGGAAUGUUUAGUAGCGGGAUGGAGUGUAGCUUGGAAGUAUUACGUGAAAACCGAGACACGUUGCUAUCUGUUCUGGAACCUUUUGUAAAAGACCCUGUCAUUGAUUGGAAAAGGCAUAGAACGCAACAGAAUGUACUGCCAACAGCAAAACUACCAAACGACUCCCAUGGCGAAGCAACGAGAUCGAUACACGUCAUCAAGGAACGUUUGUCCGGGAUUUGCAACAUGCGAAAUCCAAAUUACAGAAAACUCCGAAAUAUUAUCCCGCGUGAACAUUUAUCCAGGAUUGAACAGGACAACAUGACGAUCGGCAUUCUUCCUUUGUCGGUAGAGGGCCAAGUUCAAAAGUUGUGUGUGGAGGCAUCAAAGAAUGAGAAUCUAGUCCAGUUGUACGUCGGAUGGAUGCCUUGGGUAUGAGCGACAUCCUAUGAAAGCUUGUAAAAUGGGCAAUUGACAACGGAUCGGCCGAAAUGGAUCUAUCAGGGCCGAACGAUGUGGAACUUGUGACUGAACUACCAUGCAAUUGUAUUCAAUGCACGGUGAGUUGAAUCGCAAAGCAACGGAACGAACGAAGRAACCUUCAUCUUGUGAAACACAACACAGAAAAACCCCAUUUUGGCACCUUUUUGUGGAGUKUUGAGUUGGAGACCAUUUUGCACCUUUUAG